CUCUCUGCUAGUUGUAAAAAACUAACCCUCCCCCCUAAAUGAAGUAAAAGAGGAGAGAGAAAAUAGGGUUUGACAGGGAAAACAGAGAGGAAAGAAAAAGAAAAGCAGCAUUCGGGUAUAGGGGUGUGGUAUGGGGCACGAAAAGCGGUGUUACAUUUCUUUGGUAAGCACUCGAGGUCUAGGAGGUGGUGCGCUCCACCCCUUAAAACUCGAUCACAUUUUAUUGUAACGACGCACCCACUUCUCUCUUGGAGGCGCCUCGCCGCUACUACCAGAAUCCUUGGCCCAAUUCCCAAGCUACACCUCAAAGAAUGCUCAAUACACCAUCUUCUUUCUCACAAUGAAGGCCCAGAUGACAACGGCCAAGAGCUAUGAGCAUGAUGCCAAGCGCCACGGCUGCGGCAUCCUGGUCCUCUACGGGUUUGGUCGCAGGAAGCUCUGGCCUCGACGAAGCUCAUCCACCGGCUCCAAGGACACCAGGGGUCAAAUGGGAAUAUCGAUUUCGAGACGAAGACGAGGAGGUUCGGACGAGACCUCAUUCCUUGGCUCCGAUGAUCCCCCGUCUCUCAUCGUUACUUCAAAACCCAAGAACGAGCUCGUGAUCCAAGAUAUGACGCUACCCCAGAAGCCAAUCAAAGCGAUGGUGACCACCAGAAACCCUGUGGUUUCUGAAAAUGCCCUUGGCCGUAAAUCAUUGGAUGGGAGCAGUUGCGGCUCUUCAGGCUCCUACAACCUGGCCGCAGCUCGCCCCAACAAUUCCCGCUUGAAGGGUGGCUUUGCGACCGAAACCAAUGGCGGUGAAAGCCCCGUGCCGGAUUACUACCACAACCGACAGAACAGCUCUACGCUCGUGAGAGCAUCGAGCAGCAACAUGAUGGUCUUCAGCUACUUGGGCAACAUAAGGCAAGCACAACCCCAAAAUUUUCAAGCAAUCGAAUACAAGAAACCAAAACCACAGCAACAGAGACCUUCGAAAUACAGCCACGGGAGCGUAGUGAGAGGGGGUGGAGUACCGCCACUGGAAUUCAAAGGAAAGGGUGGAGGUGACCCUGAGGAGUUGAAGAAUAUGGGAAACGAGGAGUAUAGGAAGGGUAGGUUUGCAGAGUCAUUGGUGCUUUAUGAGAGGGCGAUAAUGUUGGACCCCGAUCGCGCGUCGUAUAGGAGCAACAAGGGCGCGGCACUAACCGGGCUGGGUCGAUUGCUGGAGGCCGUGGACGAGUGUCGUGAGGCCGUGAGACUGGAGCCCUCCUAUGCGAGGGCCCAUCAUAGGCUGGCCACUCUCUACCUCAGGCUGGGAGAUGCAGAGAAGGCCAUGGCUCACUAUAAACAAUCAGGGAGUGAAGCGAAUGCAGGAGAAUUAGGGCAAGCUCAGGCCUUCCAAACUCACCUAUCAAAGUGCACAGAAGCCAGAAAGCUCAAAGAUUGGCAUACUCUCCUCAAAGAGGCCAGCUCUGCCAUCGCAACUGGGGCCGAUGCCGCUCCACAGGUGUUUGCUUCUCAAGCGGAGGCGUUGCUGAGGUUGCAUAAGGUGCAAAAGGCUGAGGCCGCAAUGAGCGGAGCGCCAGAGUUUGAGGUGGAUGCGUGCACCAAGUUUUUUGGGGCCGCAACCAACGCCUAUGUUUUGCUUGUAAAGGCGCAGGUUGAUAUGGCAGCUGGAAGAUUUGAUAAUGCCGUUAGUGCGGCCCAAAGAGCAGGCAGAUUGGAUCCAAGCAACAUGGAGAUUGGGGCAGUGGUGAGGAAGGCAAGAGCAGUGUCUUCAGCUCGCUCCAAUGGCAAUGACCUCUUUAAAGCUUCUAGGUUUAGUGAAGCGUGUUUGGCCUAUGGAGAUGGCCUCCAAAAUGACCCACUCAAUACCAUCUUACUUUGCAAUCGCGCUGCCUGUCGGUCGAAGAUGGGACAGUGGGAAAGAGCCAUCGAGGAUUGCACCGCCGCCCUCAGUAUCCGCCCUUCAUACACCAAGGCUCGCCUCCGAAGGGCUGACUGCAAUGCCAAGUUGGAGAGGUGGGAAGCAUCAAUACAAGACUAUGAGAUAUUAAACGUAGAAUGUCCAGGAGAUACGGAGGUGGAGCAAGCCUUGUUGGAGAUUAAAAAACAACUCAAGAAAUCCCGAGGUGAAGAUGUGAAGGAGAACAUCUCCAAUGUUGUCCUCAUCACCAAUGGCGAUCGCUUAAGGCAAUACGUUAGGGGUCCUGGGAUGUCUGUAGGUUUGUUCUGUACAAAUUCAAAUGAAACAUGCCAGCAACUCCUUCCCUUCAUCGAGCAACUAUGCAAGAAAUACCCUUCUGUCAAUUUCCUUAAGGUGGACACAGAGGAAAACCCAAACAUAAGUAAAUCAGAGGGUGUCUCAUCCGUGCCGGCUUUCAAGAUAUACAAGAAUGGGUCUCAAGUGAAGGAUAUAGCAGGAUCCAAUCCACAGUUGCUCGAGAGUUCCAUCAAAUACCAUAGCAGUUGAAAUGCUUCUUGGCCAUUGUAUCUCCCAUCUUCAAAGCACUACACACUCCAAUUUUUCUUAUUCAUAGAUGCAUGCCUGCCCAAUCAGGGCCAUGCAAUCAACGAAACCGAGGGCGGCGAUGAACAAGCCAGGCGUUUUGCGAGGAAGGCACACUUAGUGAUUGUGUAUGCUCUCUCUCUCCCUUGCUUGCUCGCUCUCUUUCUCGUUCUCUGCGGAAACCUAGAAAUAAGAGAAUUGAAGUAGCACUCGGGGUGUAGCCCGGAAAAUGGAGAACUUUGGUCGAUUGAGCUCGGACAGGUGAUGAACCCAGGGCGACAAGUAAAUGUGUGCAUUUUGUAUUGCUCUUUAAUUAUUGCAUAUAUACAUUCCUGUGUGCAUUCGUAUAUAUCAAUACAUCCAAAUCAAAAACUUGAGGGAAAGGAAUUUCCUUUUUUCUUUUGUUGUGCCUUGCUUGUGCAAUAAAGUGGGUGGCUUGGUUCUGUUAGUUUCG